UUUCGUUUUAACUACUGUUUCGGCAUAAAUCUAUUACAUAAGUGACAAGUGACAGUUUCGUUAAUAUCGAUUUCAACCACGUGAUUAUAAUCCAUUGUAAAUCAGUCAGAUCAACAAUAACCGAGAUCGGAACUCUGAAAUACAGCUAACCAGUACGAUUACAAAACCUACAGCUAACCAGGACUUUGAGAAUCAGAAAACACGAUCGGAUACGCCACAGAGAACCUAUGACACUGACCAUGCAGUGUAGGAACUCUAUUGUAUGUUCCAUCGGAGAGAGUAGAUGGAAAGGGUCCGAGCUCGCUCUACCGUGGCUCAUUCCUGAGUAUGUAAUGAAACAAGGAGGUGGUUGGAGAAGGAUACUGCCAAUUAAAAGGGACUACCCAAAAGUUUACAGCCCCAAUACCUCGUCUUCGGGAAAUUCAUCUGAUUUGGAGUUUCUGGAGAUCUCCCUCGACAAAUCAGACUAUUCAGACUCUGAUACCAUUGCAGAGUCUGAUAUUGAUUUGAUGACUCCGUCAAUCGACAUUUCCUCGCCGCCUCCGCCCCUUAGAAUUGACCCACUCGUUACAACCCAUCGGCCGGCCAACGUUUCAGGCACAGGGAGGGAAUCUGUUAUUAUGGUGCCGAUAAAAUCCAAGAUGUGCGGAGAAGACGACGAUAAGAAGUGGUACUCAUCAAUUCCAGCUUCCAGCUCUUCUGAAAUGUGCGGAGAAAACGCCGAUAAGAAGUGGUACUCAUCAAUCUCAACUACCAGCUCUUAUGAAGAUGAGGGAUUACCAGGAGUCCGACAGAGACCAUCCAAGGAAGUUGAUAAGGAAAAAGACGUCGGUAGGCUAUCAACCGAGACGCUGUCUGCAUUGGGAGCUUGUGAUAUCCCAAAGAGCAGGAUGUUUGAAGGAACCCUGGCAUCCAAAACUGCUCAAUUUCAGCUAUCCGAAGAGGAAUGGGAAAAAAUACAGCCUCAAGAAACAAAGCAUGGCUACAGUCAGUUCACGGGACCUUGGACUGACAUUUUUAGUGACCAUCUUAAAGUAUCCAACAACUACUGUUCGCUAAAAUUUACUUACAACAGAAUUAAGUCAAAGAGAUCCCGUAAGCACAGUGCGCCAUUCUUCCGAGGAAAGGCCAGCUGCAGGAGGAAAGAAUGUGGUGUUUCAUUGGAAUUGCAAAUAUCAAUGGAAAACGUAGAGGAAAGAGUGAUUGACGUGCAAUACAGCACUUUCACAGUAAACCACGGACUGUCAAUACCGUGUGCGAGGUUUAUGAAAAAAGAAAAGCGUCAAGAGAGGGCCCAACAGCUAAAAUCCUCCUCCCCCUCCAAACUUUACACUGUUAGUUUCAGAGAGUAGUUUUAACUCCAAAAAGGGAGUAAAAAACCGAGGUACAAAAUGACUCCCUUUUUGGAGAAAUUUUUUACUCCCUU